AUGCUCACCUCCCUCGCAUGGUCACUCGGUUUGGGCUUGGCACUCGAAGUGUCCUGCGCCCCCUCUGUUCCACAAGCUCUGCGUCGCCAGUCUGCCAACAACUUCACUUCCUAUACUAUUCCACCGUUGGAAAGCAGCAGCAGCAGCAGCGUCCGAGCAAGUGCAAUUAAAGUCAAAGCAGAUACCUUUUUGUACGGACCUUCAAUUGCGGGAAAUACUUCUUUCUGGCCAACAGGAUCCUUGGGAAACUCCACCGUUAACGCCGAUUUCGCAGCUUUGUCAACGGACACACCAAUCGAUGUCCCAAAUGUUGAAGCCGAUGCAGCUGUCGUUACAAGCACCAUUGCGGCGGCUGGUGGUUUGAAGCAGCUUUCCGAUUAUAAUCUUUUGUAUAAAGAUCAAUGGAAAAAGAGCUUGCCUGAUGGUGUAGAUGUGGGAGUUCUCACGAACUACACUAAUGAUUUGUUCUUUUCAAUGGAAAGAUUAUCCGUCAACCCCUUUUCAAUUAAGCGAUUGGAUGCAUCUGCUACACUGCCCUUCCAAGUCGACAAUGGAAUUACAACCAACAUCACAGGGACUACUGUCUCCGGGCUCUUGAAAUCUGGAAAUCUAUUCUACGUCGACCAUCGUGAUCAAGCUACCCUCGAGUCUACUGGAAGAUUCGCAGCAUAUUGCGACGCGUAUUUCUACAUCCACCCCACCAGCGGAGAUUUUCUUCCUCUAGCUAUUCGAACAAAUACUGGUAGUAACUUAAUAUACACACCGGCGGACACCGCAAACGAUUGGCUUUUGGCUAAAAUGAUGUUUAAUUUGAACGACUUUUGGCAUUCGCAAUGGUAUCAUCUCUCUGCAACACAUAACGUUCUCGAGAUUAUCUGGGAAGCUGCCUAUCGGACCUUGAGUGACGAGCAUCCUGUCAUGGCUCUUCUCAAACGAUACGUAGUAUCUAUAAGGAUAUUUGGAUAUCGUGUUUCAGCAAUCACCGAUUUGAUCAACACAGGUGGUUUCAUUGACCAGUCUUUUGCUUUCACCGGGGCUGCGGCCGGUGUCUCCACUACCAAAUUCUACCAAUCUGGCGAAGCAGGAAAUUUCCAGUCCAACUAUUUCUAUCGCAAUCUUCAGAACCGUGGCCUAUACAACAACACAUUUGGCCCCAAGAUCAAAUCUUUCCCUUUCCUAGAGGACGCCUCCGUUAUCCACACUAGUAUCCAAAGCGUCAUGACCACUUUCGUAGACUCCUAUUACACGUCGCCUUCAUCAUUCCAACAAGAUUCAGAGUUGCAAGCCUGGAUCGCCGAAGCCAAACCUGCCCAGAUCAUGGAUUUCCCUACCUCAGUCGACCGCCAGACACUCAUCGACAUCCUUACCCAAUUCGCGUAUCUAGGAAGCGCAGCCCAUCAAACCCUCAACACAAACGAUCUCGCCGAGAUCAAAGGUACAUUGCCUUUCCACCCCGCAUCGCUCUACUCAGCAGUCCCUGAGACGAAGGGCGUCACGGACCUCAUGCCCUUCCUACCUCCCGCCAACGCAUCCGUCCAGCAGCUUAUCCUUCUAGGCUUAUUCGCUCGCCCUACCUUUGUCAACUCCAAUGUCUCGUUGUCACAGAUGUUCAAUGACACUACUAUGUUGGGCAAGAUGCCCACCAAGAUUGCAGAUGCGUCGGCGACGUUUGAAAAGGAGAUGCUGGCGCAGAGUAAGGUCGUUGCUGCCAGAUCCUUUGAUAAGGAUGGACUAUCACAGGGCAUGCCGUUUAUCUGGAGGACUCUAGACCCCCAGAGAGCACCAUACUAUCUCACUGUCUGA